UUAUAAAAACAUCAAUGGCCUUCAAUAUCAUAUCGCCAAUGCGAAAGGUUCGUCUGGGCAUCAAUGCGACAAUAAUGAGGAAGGUUCCUCUGAAACAGUCGUCAAACCGCAUAAAUGUCAAGUAGCUGGUUGUAAGAAUAGUUAUAGAACUCCUAAUGGAUUGCAAUAUCACCAAAAACACAUUCAUGGAAAGGAAAGCGAUAAAUACCGUGGAACUCAAGUGACGGCUCCUUCGAGUACUCAAAGAUUUGAUUCGGAGCCUUCAACAUUGGACGUUACCGGUCCGAUGGAUGAUACCUCUAAUAAUAAUGAUAUGCAACAUUGGACGUCACCAGAUGGAUUUAUACCAUCUGAAUCACAUGAAUCAAACCCACCUUCAUUCACAGUUCCUGAUGCCAUCUCUGUGGGAAAUUUAUUAGAUUUGAAUACACAACAUUUAGAUGAACAUCAUAUUAUGGGGAAUGAUUCAAGUGACCCAUCUGCUAACGGAAUGGGAUGUGAACAAAUAUUUAGCAAGCCAAUGUUACUUUCCGAUCAUACACGUAUCGAACAUCCAAAUACACAAAUGGAGUCAAUACCAGCUGGAAGACGCAUGGGCGGCAAAGACA